UUGUUUGAUUUUCCCGAUUUCCAUUUUUAUUAGAACGUCUGUCUAACAGCAUCGAGAGCACAAAACUCAAUUUCGAUGAUUCGUUCCGCCUUCAGCCUUGCCUUGGCAUCUACAUUGCUGUCUACCGCACAGGCCGCGUUUAGCACAACAUCUAAGAACAACGUCGUCGUCUACUACGUGAGCAGUUACUUCUCCACAGUGUCGCCCCUCUGACACUCAUUAUCCCAACGUAGGGCCAAGGACCAAGGACCAAAUCAACCUGCGCUUAGCACCUAUUGCGCCGACUCGAGUAUCGACGUCAUCGUCUUAUCUUUUGUGAAUUUAUUCCCAGCACAAGCUAAUGGCUUUCCUGGGAGCAACUUCGGAAACCAAUGCGGUUCCACGUAUGUAUCAUUUCAUUCACCCCUUUUUGAUCUAUUAUAGCGUGUAUCCAGGCCCGGGAUAUAACAGCGUGAACAACGCGACCAACAACCACCUCUACCAAUGCCCUAAUAUCCAGCACGACCUAUACACAUGCCGCCAGACGAGCAACAAGAAGAUUCUCCUAUCUCUAGGUGGAGCUACAGCAGAGUACCAACUCACAGGCGCAACCGACGGCACCAACUUCGCCAGCACGCCAUAGGGCCUCUUCGGCCCGCGCACAACAACCUAGGUCAACGCCGGCAAGCCGCGCCCCUUCGACUACACUACAACGGCGUCGGCUUCAGCGUCGACGGCUUCGACCUAGACUUACAUCGAGCACCCGCCCACCGACACCUGGGCCGGAUACAUCGCGCCGACGAACCAGCUACGCGCCAACUUCAGCUCCGCGGCAGGCCAGACCCUCUUCGUCACCGCGUCGCCGCAAUGCGUCGUCGUCCCGGACAUAAACCUCACCGACGCGCUGCAGCACAGCAUCGUCGACAUGCUGUUCAUCCAAUACUACAUACAACAUACAACACGCCGCAAUGCUCCGCCGCCGCUAACCUCAACUACCUCGCCGGCGGGCCGUCCAACACCAGCGGCUUCACGUGGACGUUGUGGCUGGGCGGCACGGCGAGCAAGAACGCGCGCUUGUUCGUCGGGCUGCCGGGCGAAUUUCGGCGGCGAAUGUGGCUAGCGGGCUGGACUUUUAUCAGAAUAUGAAGAGGGAUUUGAAUACGUUGAGUACGGCGGAUACGAAGUUAUCUUGCGUGGUGAGUUACAUUUCUGCUAACCCCUUCCUUCCUCCCCUAUUGUCCGUCUUGGUC